AUGCCAGCAGGACUAAGUACAGGGGCUUACAUACGAUUUUGCAUUGUUGCAACUCUAACUGCAUUUGCAGGGUCACAAGUUGUUCACAUGCAGUACCGACCCUUGGAUGAUUUAGAACAGUUAGUUGAAGAAGAAAUAAAACGGAGACGAGAUCAAAUGAAAUGACUUUCAUUAACUUGGUCGAUCAUUUUAUCAGAGACAAUGUUUAAAUCAGUAAAAAUUCAAGAUUGUUAUUGAAUAAACGUUAUGAUGAUAAAAAAAAUAA